AUGACGACUAACCCAGAAACUAUCGCGGCUGUUCCACCGAGUGUGGUUCCUGGCGAAGGCCAGACCACCAAGGAGGUCUCUUCUGCUCACCCUGUCUACCGAAGUGACGAGUAUGACGAGGAGAUCGAAGGCGAGUUGCCAACAGAAGAGGAAUUUCAGACCCUCCGAAGAGUUCCAGACAAAAUCCCAUGGAUCAUAUACACCGUCGCCUUCAUCGAGCUAUGCGAACGUUUCUCGUAUUAUGGCACAACUGUUGUGUUCACGAACUUCAUACAACAACCUCUCCCUGAAGGUUCCCGUACCGGAGCUGGUUUCAAAGAUGGACAGUCUGGCGCACUUGAUAAAGGUCAACGAACCUCGACCGGACUUACCACUUUCAACCAAUUCUGGGUGUAUCUCAUUCCCCUCUUUGGCGCAUAUGUUGCCGAUGCUCAUCUUGGUCGCUACAAGACAAUUGCGAUCGCUUUGGGAAUUGCUAUCGUUGGACAUAUUAUUCUUGUCAUCUCCGCUAUUCCCCCCGUUAUCACCAAGCCGUCAACGUCUAUGGGUGUUUUUAUCGUCGGUCUUAUCAUAAUGGGCGUUGGUACUGGAGCAUUCAAACCGAAUAUCUCGCCCCUGAUCGCUGAGCAGCUUCCUCUCAGUAAGAUGGUUGUGAAGGAGUUGCCAUCUGGUGAACGUGUCAUUGUUGAUCCAGCCGUUACUCAAAGCAGAGUAUACAGCUACUUCUACCUAUUCAUCAACAUCGGUGCUCUGGUCGGCCAGAUUGGCAUGGUUUAUUGCGAAAAAUAUGUGGGCUUCUGGUUGGCGUUCCUGCUUCCAACAGUGUUACUGUGCUUCUGUCCUCUUGUUCUCCUGUAUGGAAGAAACAAGUACAAGCAGCAGCCACCCAAUGGAUCGGUUUUCAGCAAAGCAAUGAGACUUUUCAUUCUGGCUCAGAAGGGCAAGUGGUCGAUCAAUCCAGUUUCCACCUACAAACGCAUGAACGACGGUCUAUUCUGGGAGGAUGUCAAGCCUUCCAAUCUCGCCACUGCAAGACCACAUUGGAUGACCUUUGAUGACAAAUGGGUAGAUGAAGUCAAACGUGGUUUUGCUGCCUGCACCGUUUUCUGCUGGUUUCCAAUCUAUUGGCUAACCUACAAUCAACUCAACAAUAAUCUGACUUCUCAGGCUGCGGUUAUGAAACUAAAUGGUCUUCCAAACGACGUUCUAUCAAAUCUUGAUCCUUUUGCCCUGAUCAUUCUCAUUCCUAUUUGCGAUUUAUUCAUCUACCCCGCCCUUCGAAAAUAUGGCAUCCGCUUUACUCCAAUUAAGAAGAUCACAGCCGGCUUCUUCACCGGUUCCGCAGCCAUGAUUUGGGCCUGUGUAAUCCAAGCCUACAUUUACAAGUACUCCGUCUGCGGAAACCGCGCAUCUCUCGACGAUCCCGCCACCGGCGAAACCUGCGAGCCAGUCUCCAUCAACGUCUGGGCCCAAACCGGCGCCUACGUCCUCAUCGCUAUCUCCGAGAUCUUCGCAUCCAUUACAUCCCUCGAAUACGCCUUCUCCAAAGCCCCCGUCAACAUGCGCUCGCUUGUUAUGUCUGUCGCUCUCUUCACCAACGCCAUCAGCGCUGCGAUUGGCGAGGCGUUCGUGUCGGUUAGUGCGGAUCCUUUGUUGGUCUGGAAUUACGGGUCGAUGGCUGUGAUUGCGGCAGUAGGAGGCAUUGCAUUUUGGUUCAUCUUCAGAGGGUUGGAUCAGGAGGAAGACCAUCUCAAUAUGUUGCCUGCGGGUCAUUUGGUCGUCACAAAGGAUAUUGAAGAGCCGCCUGCUGAGGAGCAGCCUGUUGCGCGGGAGAUCAAAGGGUAG